AUGCCUCCUAAGAAUAGGAAGUAUGAAUGUGAAAAUGAUAAGCGUAAGAAAAAGAAAAAAAUUGAAGAGUUAAUUCAAUCUCAAGUAGGAGCUCUUGAUAAAUUCAUAAUCAAAGAACCACAAGUUUCAAAUGAAAGUCAUUAUGUUGAUAAUAUUGAUGUUGGAUUUCUUGAUAAUGUGCCUUUUGAAAAUGAUAAUCUUUAUAUUGUGCCUAUUGAAAAUGAUAAUCUUGAUAGUGUGCCCAUUGUUGAUGAAGUUAAUAAUGAUGAUGUUGAUAAUCUUGAAGAAAUUAAUAAUGAUGAUGAUAAUGUUGAUUAUGAUAUAUUUGAUCCAAGAAAUUGGGAUCGUCUUCAACCUAAAAUGGUUGAUUUAUUAGUUGCGAAAGGUCCUAAAAGAGAUAAUUCUAUUGUGAAGGGUCCUAGAGAUAGUUUGAAUAGACGCUUUACGGCUAAUUUGUAUACUAGAGCUUUAGCAAAUGGAGAGAUGGGACAAUUAGCAAAUGAGGCAAAGUAUUUCUCAGUGAUACUUGAUUGUACUCCUGAUAUUAGUCACCAAGAGCAGAUGUCUUUGAUAAUAAGAUAUGUGGAUAUUUCUUCAGCUUCUGUUAGUAUUGAGGAAUCAUUUUUAGGAUUUUUGAAUGUGAAUGAUACAACUGGUCAAGGGCUUUUUGAUGUUUUACAAAAUAAAUUGAAAGAACUUGGUCUCGACCUAUUUGAUGUGAGAGGGCAAGGUUAUGAUAAUAUGUCAAAUAUGAAAGGAAAACAUCAAGGUGUACAAAAGAGAUUUUUAGACAUGAAUCCGAGAGCCUUUUAUACUCCUUGUGGUUGUCAUAGUCUUAAUUUGACAUUGUGUGAUAUGGCUAACUCUUGUAAUAAAAUUAGGAAUUUUUUUGGAGUUAUUCAACGCAUUUAUACAAUUUUUGCCAAUUCUACUAAGAGAUUGAAAAUUUUGAAAGAUAAUGUAAAGGGGUUGACACCAAAAUCAUUGUCAUCCACUCGUUGGGAGAGUCGUGUAGAAAGUGUCAAAGCUAUAAGAACUCAAAUGCUAGAUUUUACAGAAGCUUUACUUGAAGUGUCAGAAAAUGAUCUUGAUCCUAAAAUACAAAAUGAAGCUAAAUCCUUAGCAACAAAUAAGCUUGGUGAUUUUGAGUUUUUGAUGGCAUUGGUUAACGCUAAGAAAAUUGCGGUGGAAUUGAAUAUUGCCCCAACAUUUCCUCAAAGGCGUAUAAUUAAAAGAAAAAGAAAAUUUGAUAAGAAUUUGAAUAUUCCAGAAGUCGAGCUAUCAGAAGAAGAAUCUUUCAGAGUUAAUUAUUUUCUUUACCUUGUUGAUCAAGCUGUUGUUUAUCUUAAUAAGAGAUUUGAGCAAUACCAAGAGUAUGAAAGUAUUUUUGGUUUUUUGUUUACUUCUCACAAGUUACAAUCAUUGGAUGAUGCAACUUCGAAGUCUUGUUUUAGUAACUUUGAACAGGUAUUGAAACAUAAUGAGCAAUCUGAUAUUGACGGGAAUGAAUUUUUUGCAGAGUUGAAGUUACUAAGAGAAAUGUUGCCUGAAGAAACCAUAAGACCUACUGAUGUAUUAUUAUUUUUGAAAGGCUUGGAUUGUUUUCCUAAUACAAUUAUUGCAUAUAGAAUUUUAUUGACUAUUCCUGUAACAGUUGCUUCUGCAGAAAGAAGUUUUUCAAAAUUGAAGUUGUUAAAGACUUACUUGCGGUCUACCAUGUCACAUGAAAGGCUUAAUGGAUUGACAUUAAUAGCAGUGGAAAUGAUAUUUUGGAGACAAUAA